AUGAUAAUUUGGUCCAUCUUGAGGGUGACAAUUCGGUUUAUUAUACUGAUUAUGAAUAAAUUGCUUGAGAAAUCAAAUGUGAAAGAAUCAAUGUUUACUUUAUCGAUGGAAGCAAACAAGACAUACUCGGAGGCAAGAAAUUUGACAUAUUAUAAUUUUAUUUUCAAGUUUGUUUAUGAUAAAAGAUACCGACAAUGGAGACCACAUAAACGAGGUCAUGCCAUUGGCAGACUAAUUUGGGAUCCUCCAAAUACUUGUGAGUUGUAUUACUUGAUAAUGAUGCUAACAAUUGUGAAGGGACCAACAUGCUAUGAGGAUAUAAAAUAG